UUUUCACGGCUCGGCUAGAGGGCGUGUAAUCCACUGGAGAACUCCCUACAUCCGUCCUCCAUUACUGCACUGCCUCCGGUGGCUGCUGGGAUACCGGGCGCCUGGUCUAGGCAUCACUCAGUCCUCCAGCUGCCCGGCGGUACCUCCAGUUCUUCUCCCACGGCCCGCCGGCCUUUCUUGCUCCGCCCCGUCCGUGCCGCGCGCGUCCCGUCCGCUCGCGGGCCCACUUCUCUCGGGAGCCCCCACCCAGGCGCAUGGCUCCAUGAAGCAUAAGACAGAGCGCGAGAGGUGCCGUCCACCCCGGCUGCGCCUGGACCGAGAGAGAAGGUACAGGAAGAAGGAAUGGAAUCAGAAGGAAGAAAAUUCAUUUCAGAGACAAAGUAGCUCCACUCUGUUGUAGCUGUUCCCCUGGAAAUACAAACUUUCUGCUUUCAGAAAAGUUUGGGAGUUGCUGGUCUGGAACUCAGGAUAUCUUCUAGCCCUGCUGGUCUGAGACCCUUUGUGACUAUGUGACUUGGUUAGAGUUCUCUAGCAUUCCAAACCUCAAGCACUGAAUCAGGAUGGGAAAAAGACGUUGCGUUCCUCCACUCGAGCCCAAGUUGGCAGCAGGCUGUUGUGGGGUCAAGAAGCCCAAGUUAUCUGGAAACGGAACGCACGCUCACGGGAACCAAUCCACAACUGUCCCUGGCUCUAGUUCAGGACCUCUUCAAAACCACCAGCAUGUGGAUGGCAGCAGUGGUCGGGAGAAUGUGUCAGACUUAACUCUGGGACCUGGAAACUCUCCCAUUACACGAAUGAAUCCCGCAUCGGGAGCGCUGAGCCCUCUUCCCCGACCCAAUGGAACUGCCAACACCACCAAGAAUCUGGUGGUAACUGCAGAGAUGUGCUGCUACUGCUUUGAUGUCCUCUACUGUCACCUCUAUGGCUUCCCACAGCCACGACUUCCUAGAUUCACCAAUGACCCCUAUCCGCUCUUUGUGACAUGGAAGACAGGGCGGGACAAGCGGCUUCGUGGCUGCAUUGGGACCUUCUCAGCCAUGAAUCUUCAUUCAGGACUCAGGGAAUACACGUUAACCAGUGCACUUAAGGACAGCCGAUUCCCCCCUCUGACCCGAGAGGAGCUGCCUAAACUUUCCUGCUCUGUCUCCCUCCUUACUAACUUUGAGGAUGCCAUUGAUUACCUGGACUGGGAGGUAGGGGUCCAUGGGAUUCGAAUUGAAUUUGUCAAUGAAAAAGGCAUCAAACGUACAGCCACAUAUUUACCUGAGGUUGCUAAGGAGCAAGACUGGGAUCAGAUCCAGACAAUAGAUUCCUUACUCAGAAAAGGUGGCUUUAAGGCUCCGAUUACAAGUGAAUUCAGAAAAACGAUCAAGCUUACCAGGUACCGAAGUGAGAAGGUGACAAUCAGUUAUGCAGAAUAUAUUGCUUCUCGACAGCACUGUUUCCAGAAUGGCACUCUUCAUGCCCCGCCCCUCUACAAUCAUUACUCCUGACACAAGGCUGCAUGACCAGUCCCACCCCCCUGUGGCCACGAAUGGCUAUGACAUCAUUGGAGCAGAUGCCUCCUCUUCCUGGUCCAGUUACUUCUAUUACUGCACCAUUUUAUGAUGCUAGCUUCCGUUGCCAAGUCUGCCUCCAGCUGACUGGCGGGGGCGGGGAAGUGGGGUUAUAUUGAAUGAAACAACUUGAGGGGCCCAAGCCUUAUCUCAGCCUUUCCUCAUUAUGGGGUUCCAUUGGAUUGGGGCUCUUCCAUGACUAGUGAGAAUUGCUGUGUGGGUUCAGAAGACCCUUGGCAUGCAAGUGGCCACCUGUGUGUUGGCCACACAGUGGAAGCUGGAAUUGAUGAUUCUUGAAGGCUCAACCCACAGACACCUUUAUAGCUUCCCCAGAUUAAGGAGGUAUAUUUCCCUGGCAGUCUGGGCAACGGAGACCAACAAGAAACAUUUUUAGGUUGUUUUAAAUUCCUUUUUUAAAAUUUCCAGUUUAUUGCAUACCAACAGUUGAUUACAACCUCCAUGCUUCAUAAGUGGACGCCAUGUUAGGGUUGAACGUGGGCACUUCAGGUCCUUUGAGGCUCCUGGACAGAGACCCACAUCAUAUUGGAUGGUGUGCCAGAUCUCAUUGCUCAAUCAGCCUUGAAGGAUUUAAUUUUCACCCUACUAGCCAUUGGAUGUUCUGACACUCCUUCCAUUAAGUCUCCCGGUAUUGAACAGAGAGAGCUCUGUGGUAUAACCUGCCAAGGAAUGAACUGGGAUGCCUACAGGAGGUCCUGACGUCAUUGCUGCAUGCAGUGUGCAAGGAAAGACUGCGUCCUUACCACCCGGCUACCUCACUCCUUUACUGGUAGCAGUGCCUAUAGGUGGAUCUAGGUUCACAGAAGACAUAGAUAUUCAAACAAGCACCUGGGUUGGGCUUUAGAAAGACACAUUGUCAUAGGAGAGAAUACAGGGUCUCCGAGCUAUUUUUUUCUUUUCAGGCAACCAUCUUUAAGGGACUUAAAAACCAGUGGUGUCUAGUUUUCCUGUAGAAGUGAGAAAACAGUUUAUAAUUUAGUCCUUUACAGGAUUUGAGAACAAAGCUGUGUAACUAAACAAGGUGAAUUGUUAACUUGCUUAAUAUGCUGGGAAUCUUCACCCAAUCAGGGCAGAGCCAAGUAGUUCAUUUUAUUCUAGGUCAUUUAGAUUUUCAUGUGGUAUAUUUCCCUUUCCCAUUAUUGCUUACUCUAAAUAGCUCUCAGCAAAUUUUCUUUCCUCUUGCCUAUUCUCUCACUAGUGGCAAAGUUUAUAGAAUUAAGGACUUGGAAGGUGCUUUGGAAACAUUGUCAUAGAGGCACUGCUGAAAUUAUUCACAGGAAGGGGGUGGCCAAUUGGAAGAAAAGACUGUAAGGGUAAUACACUGGUUUUCAACAACAUGCAAGUGGAUUGGAUGUCAACCUGGUGGACGCAAUGUUUUGAUUUAUUUUAAAAAGUUUAUGUGGCGAUGGUGUGGCUUUCCAGAAUGGGCAAAUAGUAAAGUUAGACAGAAAUGGGGUGGACAGGACAAGGACACAGUGUUAAGAAAUGACAUGUGCUAUUUGCAGGCAUUGCUCUCGUUUCCUGGAAGAGGUGAAUAGAGGUGAGGUGAGCAGAUUUGCUUAGCAUCUUCUGUUCAUGAGGAUGUGGACUGCAGGGGGAAUGGGCCAGCAGCAGGAUGCCAGGCCCAUUCCUGCAUCCUGCCACUCUUCCUGCAGUUAUUGAAAACUAUUGAAGAUGAAGGAUUCUUUCAUGAUUUCCUGCUGCUGAGAAUAAUAAAUGUCUUAUUACACAUGUGACAACAGUUAUUUUAGGUGCCACGGAUUGAUGUCAGGGUGGUCAGUUUGGGACUAAACCACCCAUCUUCAUUUUGUACGACAGUAUUGAUACAUAGGGCUACACUCAUUACUGUUCAAGUGUUCUAUGUUGAAAGUUGUGUUUAAUUUCUAAAGAUUGAAAAAAUAAAAAAAAUUGGUGCUAAAAUUUUAUCCCUGAGCAUGCUCAGUGAAACUGGUCAUGCAAGCAUUUACAGUGCCAUGCUCUUCAAGCCUAUUUUUCCCUGUAGAAAUGUUGCCCUAUUUAAUUUUAUUUUAUUGAGGGUGGGGUAGGAUACCUGCCAUUUAAGGAAAUGAACAGAAAAUUUAAAACCUGCAAAAUGCAGGGGAAAGGGAAUCAGUGCACAAGAAUUGGGCUGGUUAAGACCAGCACCACACUGCAGUGGGCUCAGUAUUUGUGGAGAAGCCUUACCCUGCGCGUUCCUUCACACUCCGUACAAGUCCAGCAAUGGAGGUGCUCAAGGUCCUCUUGCUUGUCAAGAAUACUUGAGUUGACGAAAAUUAUUUGGCCCUGUAAGCAAUGGCACUAUAAGUGUCUAUCCCAAAAGGGGCCUAUUCAGGAAGCAGUCUGGAAGUAUAUGGUCAUGGUCACUUCAUAAAUAUGUGUGGCAGCUUUGUAUAGGGAGGUGAUGGCUCUAAACUGAAACUGAACUGCCUUCCACACACUUAACCAGUGCAGUGAUGAGGGUGGCCAACACGUGUGAGUGGUGGGUUUAAAGAGAAGGGGAUUUUUUUGCUUGGUGUUUUGUUAGUCCUUGUGCUGCUCAAGCUGAACAGUAGGUGACCACUGUUCUAAAGGGACCAGCCCAACUUGGCUGGUUUGGUUCAGAAUUUGUUUCAUCCCUAGCUGUGAGUGCCUUUUGGUCUAGAAAGUUGGGUUGUCUCAUAAACCCACAGCUGGGACAUUCUCUGUAAUUAUGAAUUGUGUUCGUUUUACAUUGAAAGAGAAUGUCUUUGAUCAGUAGAGUUUGUCAGUGUUAGAUUGUUUCCACUGUGAGUUUCUUAAACUUUUUUGCUUCAUAAGUAAUAAAGCAAUUCAUGUUAGAGUUCCUUUCAACAUGAAAGGUUUGUAAUUGAGACAUUUUAUUGUUUAUAAUAAAAAUCUAUACAGGAGUGUUAGGUGUUAAUUUUAAUAUUUGCACAAAAUCUGUUUUCCAUGUUAACACCUACAGUUUCACUAACUGAUGUUUUCUGUUGAGAUUCUGGAGCUUAGGGAGCUUGUGGAGUUUUUUUUGUUUUUUGUUUUUAUCCUUAUUUCCCUGAAGCAAGAGACUUCGUAUGGCCUUCGAGUGCAAGGACUUCAGACCAAUUCUUCGUAUUACACUUGGUUGCCUCUUGGCUAUAUAACUUCUCAGUGCAAAUCAUUGAACUCUUUAACAAAGUAUUGUAGAGAAUAAAUCAUAAUGGGUAAAAA